GAUUGACAGAUAGAUAGCAAGUUCCUUGGUAAAGCGGUGUUUCCCACGGACGACCCCCUGAAACCUCCCCCAAGAGUUUCUCUCGUGUGACGUAUCUUUCCAUAUUCGCGUAUGGACGUGGACUUUGGGCGGCUCCUAUUGGUUGUGAAAGCGUCUUAUUGAGUCAGUCAGAGAGGGAGGGUAGAAACAACAAGCUGCCGUAGACGGAAGGGCUAUAGUGGGAUGCUUAUAGCUGUCAUCGAGGUAGGAUACAACAAAUACAAAAAUGUGAUGCUCCCUCUUACCAAGACGGACACAAUUUCGUUUCCCGAAGAUAAAUAGAAAGCCUCCAUAUCGUGUGGCAUGGAUGUGUCUUGUUCUGCCGAGGGUUGCCAUUGGAUGGGGCGGGGUGAUGUUUAGGUUCCGGUAUAAAGCAAGAUAGAAAACAGGCAUUCGGAGAAAUGUGGCACCGGCUACCAACGCAGUUAUUUUGUACCCGAGAAAAUGAGGAGUUUAGCCGCUUUUUAUAGCCGGACUGCGGUCUAAGAAGACAAUCUAGAGGGGCGACUGGAAAUAGCGGAUCUAUGCGGAUCCCAUCUGCCCCCAGUCCGUCAAUACGAUGAGGAUGCUAUUUGCAUUUUGUUGUCUCUUCCUGAUUACCGGAGGAGCGGACCAGGUGACGACGGGCAAGUCCCCAAGCAACAGCGACAAUACGAACGUGACGGCCGAUAGCGACCGAAGGUAUAUUAGAAUCGGCGACGGAUCAUCGCACGAAUUUGAAUUUCCCGAAAACACCAACGGCGUGAUUGUUAUCUCCAGUCAGUACCGGAGCACCAACGCGAGCAGGAAGGGGCGCGAGAGCUGGAAGCAGACGCUGAGCGUCCACUCGUUGGACCCGGAGGUUUUAUCAAUCCUGAAUGUGACUGACGGUGGACGUGCGGGGCCAGUUAAAAGUUAUAUUAUCACAAUAAGGUCUGGUUUGCCAGGCACAGCACAGUUGCAGAUCCAGCUCCUGGACCUAGAUCAGGACGACGCCAUGUCAGUUCUGAUUGAAGAGAGGACAGACUACUCCAUCAGGGUGUCAACGCCAGGAAGUGAGGAUGCUUCCACCCUGCUCAUUCAACCCGGGGGCUUUUCCCACUUCUCAGAGAACCCCGUGCUGUUUGCCUUGCUGCCCCUCAUCUUCAUCAACAAGUGUGCCUUUGGGUGCAAAGUGGAGGUGGAGGUGCUCAAGGGUCUCCUGAGGAGGCCUGCUCCGUUGCUACUUGGGGUGGUGGGACAGUUUCUGGUGAUGCCUUUGUAUGCGUAUUGCUUGUCCGAACUGGCCUCCCUGCCCAAGGCACUCUCUCUAGGCCUGGUGAUCACCUGCUCUGCCCCGGGGGGCGGUGGGGGUUACCUCUACAGCCUGUUGCUAGGCGGCGACGUGACCCUUGCCAUCUCCAUGACGCUGGUCUCCACGGUGGUGGCGGCGGCGGCCAUGCCCCUGUCGUCGGCACUGUACGGCUGGCUGCUGGGCGUGCACGCCGCCCUGCACGUGCCCUUCAUCAAGAUCCUGGGCACCCUGCUCUUCAUCGCCAUCCCCAUCUCGCUGGGCAUGCUGGUGAAGCUGCGGCUGCCGGGACUCACCAGAGUCCUGCUGGCGCUCAUCCGGCCCUUCAGCUUUGUGCUCAUCGUGGGCGGCAUCUUCAUGGCCUAUCAGAUGGGCGCGUCCAUCCUGGCCAACGUCCGGCCCCAGAUAGUGGCGGCCGGGGUGACCGUGCCCAUGUUCGGCCUGCUGGUCGGGGCGGCCCUGGCGAAGACGGCGGCGCUGGCGUUGCCACAGAGGAAGACGGUGAGCAUCGAGGUGGGCGUCCAGAACAGCCUGCUGGCCCUCGCCGUCAUGCAGCUGUCCUUCCAGCGGGCCGAGGCAGACUUUGCGUCGCAGGCACCCUUCAUCGUGGCGCUCAGCAGCACCUCGGAGAUGCUCCUCAUCGUCCUGGGACACUUUGUGCACCGGAGGUUCUGCGGGACGGCCACCCCCAGGACUGUCACCUGAUUGUAGCCUAGUGGGUGCUGCCCCCCCCCCUCUCCCCCUCUGUCCCCUAUUCCCCCCCGCCCGACACCUCCCAACCCCGAUAACCUGUGUAUGGAUGUGGGCGCCCCAUGUUUGGGGCGACCGUCCAGCUGCGCGAGGCGACAUUUAUUUAACAAUCAACUCUCCAUCGGUCAGCGUUGUGCACAUAGUGGCGGCUGGGCUUUACUUUGGAGGGUUCUUUUUCAGUGUUUUCAUGUAAAACCAAAGGCCUUUUACCCUCCGAGCUGUUUUGUGUUCUUUUCCAGUAUGUGCUUUUUAAACAAGAUUGUACUGUGAGGUACUUGAUGUGUCGAUACACAUGUGAAGAAAAAUACUUAUAAAGAAGAUAUUUUUCUACAAAUGUUUUUUUUUAUUUUAAAAAACAACAAAAAAACAUUGAUUUGUAUCAUGUUUACAAGUGGUCCAAGUGUCUUAGAAAUGCAAAUUUGAAAAAAGGAUAAUCUGUUGUUUUUUAAGGACGGGGAAAUAUGGAUGUUUCAAAGUAUCUGCUAUUGAUUGUGUUUUCUGGAUACAGGAAAUCUUGUACUUGAAUAUUGCAAGAAAAUAAAUGAAAAAUAAAUGCAUUGAGAAAAUCA